AUGGGCUUUCGUUUACCUACUAUCAUCAGAAGGGCAUCAUCAUCUUCAAAAGCAAUGGACGUGCCAAAGAGAUAUUUUGCCGUAUAUGUUGGAGAGGAGAUGAAGCGGUUUCUGAUCCCUGUAUCAUACUUGAACCAACCAUCGUUUCAAGAAUUGCUGGAUCACGCUGAGGAAAAAUUCGGAUAUGACCAUCCAAUGGGAGGUCUCACAAUUCCUUGUGGAGAAGACUUGUUCUUGGAAAUCACUUCUCGCUUGAGUGCGUGCUAA